AUGUCGCCUGUUUUAAAUGAAAAGAUUUUGGGCAUGAACGUUCCAGAAGAUAGUAAAAAUUUUCAGUCAGCAGGCAAAAACAAUGUGCUUGAUGUUGCAUAUAAACUUGGAGCUACUACCUUCCUUUCACUUGUAACUAAAACUAAUCUAACUGCAAAGUUUAAUCUAACAGGACACGCGACGGUAUUCAUCCCAUCUAAUGAUGCCUUCAUUGACCUACCAGAUGAACAGAAGGAAAAUCUAAAGGACCUGUCAUACGCAAAGGAAAUUUUGCUGUACCAUUUAGUUUCUGGGCGUCACGAUAAGAAGAGUUUUAGAAACGAGGCUUUGUACCAAUCAAGGUCAAAAAUGGAGGAUGAAGAUUCAUUUUUAAAAGUCCGUGUUAAUAUUUACCAUGGAGGAAAGAUAAUAACUGCAGGAGGAAGUCCUAUUGUGAAUUUUGAUCAUGAGGCAACUAAUGGUAUUGUGCACAUUCUGUCACGUGUCAUGUUCUGGCCACCAGCAUAUGGAUCCGUAGCGCAAAUCGUCAAUAUUCCAAUCACUACAUUUAUGGCUUAUGGGUUGAUGGACGGUGGAUUGUCUGAACAGUUGAGCAAAAAUGAACCAUAUACACUAUUUGCUCCCACGGACCUCCCAUGGGAAGCACUUCCAAACAAGACUAUGAACAAACUAAGAGGAAACAAAACAGCAAUUCGCCGCGUUAUGGAAAAUCACAUAGUCUCAGGAACAUAUUUUACAAAUGGUUUGAAACGGAAUGACACUCUGACAACAUUGCUGGGAGAAGAAUUGAGAGUGGACUCUAUCAUAGGUAAUGUGACUGUAAAUGGAUCCCAUUUUGUUUUGCCGGAUAUUUCUGCUACAAACGGAGUUGUACAUAUCACGACAAAAAUUUUUUGGCCGACAGAUUUUGACUGGGAACAUUAGUUCUGAUGAAAAAGUGGAGAUAGUGCUUGUCGGAGUGAAAACU